AUGACAGCAACAGCAACAGAUCGAGCACUUGUGCCAAAAAACAAUGACGCCAUUGGCACCAUUUUACUGCAUGAUGAUGGAUCGACUGCCCCUGCCACUCCUCCUGAAGUCAAGCUGGAUUCCCUUUCUGGUUUUAUGCAUCGACCGACAUCAUAUCAUCACUCUUCAAGCUGUUCAUCGUCUACCUGCUCUUCUGACGAGGAUGAUCACAGUGCUGAGAGUGUACAAAGCGCACGUACGGCACCUGCAUCCACCUUUUCAGGUAAUACUCUUGACUCAGAAACAAACCGUGACCUUGUCUCGCCCACGGCUGGACUCAGUGAUGCCCCGCCCGAAUCCAACAAAGUCGAAUCAGUGGAUCCAGAACAGCCAGACCAACGAGGCAAUCCUGCCGCUUGCAUCUUUGUAGCAAGCUUGAAAAAAGAAAAAAAUGAUGAAGAAUUAAAUAUAUCGGUCUCAAACCACUUUGUUCGCUGGGGAGCGCUUUUGAACGUCAAGGUUCUCAAGGAUUGGCUAGGCCGCCCAUACGCAUUUGUCCAGUACGAACGUAUUUCUGAUGCCAAAGUCGCACUAAAGGAAGCCCCAGGUACCAUCCUUGAUGGUCGAAGUGUCCGAUGCGAACCAGCUAGAGUCAACCGCACAUUAUGUCUCCUCCCUAUUGAUCGUCCAUUGGACCGUCAAGAGGUCGAAGCGACCUCAUCCGUUUAUGGAAAAAUUGAAGACAUCACCGUUUUACAAGCUCGAUCUAGAAAUCAAUGCGCCUUUGUCAAGUACUGCUAUCGCGAUGAUGCUAUUCGUGCUUUCCUGUCACUUCACACUCCGGAAUUCAUGCAACGUUGGUGUGUUGAAUGGGCUUCCAAUCUGGAUCUCAACAGCUCGGAUAUCAGUGCCAUCAAAACCGACAAAUCCAGUAUCUUUGUAGGUAAUCUAUCUGAAGCCAUCACUGACGGCGAAAUGUAUUCCCGCUUUGGUCAUUACGGUUCCAUUGUUCAUCUGCGCGUUAUCCGCAAGCCCACGCAUGGUCGAAAGCGCGUAUUUGCUUUCGUAAAGUACGCAAAAGAAGAAGAAGCCGCCGCUGCGGUUGAUAAUGAGAAUGGUGUCUUGUUGGAUGAUCGACAGCUCAGAGUAGCUUAUCGUGAACACCAUGAAUCUUCCUGGAGCCGUCAACAGCGUAAUCCAUUAGUCGAACGCCCACAUCCUCCAGGCAUGGGCUUCCCAGCUUCCAUUUAUCAAUACCUCACUUGUCCAAAGACUAAAUCCGGCGAACCUGGUCAAACCAUCCCCGAUCCAUCCUUGGUUGACCCGUACGUGUACUACGGAUCCCCACCUUCUCGGCAGCCACGUGUCACAAACAAUGUGCCAUACAUCCCUCACAAUCCAGUCACCUCCUCCAGCGGGCUUACUACAACCUUGCCAGUGGCACCCUCCCACGGGGUUCAGGACGUCAACAAGGCUCACAUCGUUAAAGAACCCACUGAAUCUCGGCUUUACGGUUCGGUCACUGACGACAUUCCCAAUCCGUAUCGCACAAAAGGAGGAGCAAACGGGAUGUUCGAGUCUCAAGCGGUUGGUAUGUACGAUUAUUAUCCGUACUAUCCUCUGCCAGGCUAUUAUCCACCAGCUGUCGGUCCACAUUUACGCGAAGCGUUUUAUGAUUACAGCUAUCCAUCUCUCUAUUACGUUUACGCUCCACCUUAUCCCUGUACAUCGAUUCGAAACCAGAUGGCCAAGGAGAAUAAGGUGCCUCUAACCGCCCUCCCUCGAAAGCCGGUUGAUUUGGUUGAUAAGAAAUAA